AUGCUUUCGUUUCGGUCGGGGUAUCGUGGGGUGCGAAAUGAGCAAACGGACGAGAACGAAUUACAGCAGAUAAAUCGAACAGCAUCAACAAGGCCGGCCGACGAAGCUCCCCUUACUGGCGAGCAGAGAGCUAGUACGCAGGACGACCACGAUGAAGAAGAGGGUGACGGCGUGGUUUCAGAAGGCUCCCGGGCCCAAUGGAUCAAGAGUGUCUACAUACGCGCCUGGAUAUCCGCACUUGUCCUGCUGAUCAAUAUUAUACUGGUCAGCGUCGCAGGAGGAAUGGCAGGUGGUGGGUACGCUACGACGCAGGUCGUCUAUGAGGGCAGCUGUACGCUCACUGAGCGGUGGGAUACUGCACUGCACUUGCUCAUCAACGUCUUGAGCACAGCUAUCUUAGCUGCCAGCAACUUCUGCAUGCAAGCGCUCGUCGCCCCCAGCCGCGAGGAGGUGGACAGAUACCACAGCCGGAGGAAGUGGCUGGACAUCGGCGUGCCCAGUCUGCGAAACUUAGCUGUCGCAAGGCGAUAUCGCGUCGGUCUCUGGGUUAUUUUGCUUGCCACGACCACGCCGUUUCAUCUAUUAUACAACUCUGCUGUGUUUUCCUCUGUUGGCAAGAACGGGUUUGCGGUGCUCCUGGCCCCAAGUGAUCUAGACCCCAGUGCAGUGUCAGAUCUCACGACGUCGGGGCUGGAGAACUGCUUUGGGGGAAUCGUUGGGUAUCUCUGGGACGAUUUCGUGUCCUUCCUCGCUAACGGCACGUACACUCGACACACGCGGCAAGAGUGCAUCGACAUCAGUAACGAGAAAUCCCCAUCGACAAUCCGCACGAUAGUCGUCCUCACAAACUACCUGAACACAACGCAAGGGGGAAACAGGGCGAUCUUCCAAUCGAACAGCGAUGUAACCACUAGUAACCUGUUACGCUCGGAAGGAAUCGACCCUAAUAUCCUGUAUGGGUCCAGAAUGUCGCAGACAACGUGGGCCUUCAAUAUAAAUAAUAAAGUGACGUACGAUAUUAGCAAUUUUUCGACAUACGACUGUUACGACCGGAUAUCGGACUUCGACGCUUGUGAGGACGGUUACCAGCUCGGUUCCUGGCUUGCAGAUACACAGCCCCAGAGCCUUGAGGUCGUGGAAAGCUAUAUUCGCAGCGACAUCGAUGCCGACAUUACUGCGCAUAUUCUUGAUGAAAGAUGCCUCUUCGAUCGGUGGUAUUGGGAGUCGGGUAUCGAUAUGGGAGACUGUCUGGUCAUUCCGAGAAAGGGACAAUGCCAACUCCUUUACAACCCGCCGAUCAGCAUUAUCGUUAUCAUAACGGCCGCCAUUAAAGUUGCUGCGAUGUUUCUGGCUGCGAAGCUCGACCGCCGCCGCUCUGAGCCUCUUCUCACGGUUGGGGACGCGGUGGCCUCUUUCCUGACGCAUCCGGACCCCAUGACAAGGGGUGCUUGCUGGAUGGCCAAGUCUGACGUGGAGAGGACAUGGCGAACGCUGGGCGCCAGACCGCCAGAGUCACAGGUGGCGCUGGUACACGGCGGCGACGGAAGGGAAAUACACUUGAGAUCUGGACGUCUAGCUCGUCGGCAGCAUUGGUGGCAGGCGGCAAGUAGUCACAGGUGGGCAGUGACUUUCGCACUGAGCGGAAUGUGCAUCGGCGUUGGCGGUUAUCUGCUCGGGCAGGCCGGCAGUGUGGCCGGCGUCGAUGACAUGUCCGUGAAAUACUGGUGGCAGUUGGGCUUUGGCACCGCAACAGGCAGCGUUGUCAUCAACAACGCCCUGGAGUGGCCCAUCCUCGCCUAUGUCGUCGUUGCCAACGCGCCCCAGUUCAUAGUUACCAUCAGCUACUAUUUCUACGACAACGUGCUAACCAGCAUGCUCGCCGCAGCGGAGUACAGCUCGUACGGCGCAUCGCGCAAGCCUCUCCGCGUUUCAUGGCCGAGGCCGGACUCAUCACAGCGCUCGACAUAUUGGCUAAGCGUUCCCUACCAGUACAGUGUCCCGCUACUCACGGUGUAUGCCGCUCUCCACUGGACGAUCUCGCGGAGCGUGUUCUACGUGCAGAUCGUGCCGCGCGAUAAGUUCUCCCGGCCAAUGAAGGAUCAGGUGCUCAGCGCAUUGGGGUAUUCGCCCAUUGCCAUUUUCGUGUCGCUUCUAGUGGGAGGCGUAUUGAUCUGUACGCUCAUCGGAAUGGCGGUCUACCGCCGCUUCCAAUCCUCUCUUCCGCUGGCCGGAAGCUGUACUGCAGCGAUUAGUGCUUCCUGCCAUCCGGGGAACGAUGCCGACACUCAGACUGCUGCUUUGGGGGAUGUGACCUGGGGCGAGACCGUUUCCUUGCCAGAAUGGAUGGUCGUGGGAUCCGAGGAUGCCCUUGCCCACUGCAGUUUCACCUCCCAAGAGGUUUCGAAACCGUCGCUAGAUAGAAUGUACGCCUAG